GCAGGCGCGGUGGCGGCCCCCGCCGCCGGUAUCCCGUCAGUCUCCGCGGGCGGCGGGACGCGGCGCUGGGGCGGCAGGCCGAGCCAUGUCGGAGAAAAAGCAACCGGUGGAUUUGGGGCUCCUGGAGGAGGACGACGAGUUUGAGGAGUUCCCGGCCGAAGAUUGGACUGGUUUAGAUGAAGAUGAAGAUGCACACGUCUGGGAAGACAAUUGGGACGAUGACAAUGUCGAAGAUGAUUUCUCCAAUCAGCUAAGAAAGAAAAUGCUGCAGUCCUCCACUUCUAAAAUUCCACUACUAAAGCUGAAUUAGAAAAACAUGGAUACAAGAUGGAAACCUCAUAGUUUUUGCUGAAUAUGGAGUGGUUUAACAUUGAACUGUGGAUAGACUAUAUUGAGAAAAGAAGAAAAGGUGGAAAAUGACAAGACACACAUAGUUCAUUAUCUGCUUGGAUUUAUUAUUGUUUUGUAUAAAAAAUAAAGUUUUUAAUCUUAGCCUA